AUGUGACAAAUAUUGCUUUUCCACUUAUAAUACGGAAAAGAUUUACAUUCAAAAUGAAGUCAUUUGAGUAAAAGAAAAUGUGGCUGUCUAAAAGGAAAAUGCGAAGUGGAUAAUUUCUUGAAGAUGGAGCAGCAGCCAAGCUGGACAGAUGACCUGCCGCUCUGCCACCUCUCUGGAGUGGGCUCAGCCUCCAACCGCAGCUACUCUGCCGAUGGCAAGGGCACUGAGAGCCACCCGCUGGAGGACAACUGGCUCAAGUUCAGGAGUGAGAACAACUGCUUCCUGUAUGGGGUCUUCAACGGCUACGAUGGCAACCGGGUGACCAACUUCGUGGCCCAGCGUCUGUCCGCGGAGCUCCUGCUGGGCCAGCUCAAUGCUGAGCACACAGAGGCCGACGUGCGGCGUGUGCUGCUGCAGGCCUUCGACGUGGUGGAGAGGAGCUUCCUGGAGUCCAUUGAUGAUGCUUUAGCUGAGAAGGCCAGCCUCCAGUCCCAGCUGCCAGAGGGGGUCCCCCAGCACCAGCUGCCUCCUCAAUAUCAGAAGAUCCUCGAAAGACUCAAGGUGUUGGAGAGGGAGAUUUCCGGCGGGGCCAUGGCCGUGGUGGCGGUCCUUCUCAACAACAAGCUUUACGUCGCCAAUGUCGGUACAAACCGUGCACUUUUAUGCAAAUCCACGGUGGACGGGCUACAGGUGACACAGCUGAACGUGGACCACACCACGGAGAACGAGGAUGAGCUCUUCCGCCUCUCACAGCUGGGUUUGGACGCAGGAAAGAUCAAGCAAGUGGGGAUCCUCUGCGGGCAGGAGAGCACCAGGCGCAUUGGGGACUACAAGGUCAAGUACGGCUACACUGACAUCGACCUGCUCAGCGCCGCCAAGUCCAAGCCAAUCAUCGCAGAGCCCGAAAUCCACGGUGCACAGCCCCUGGACGGGGUGACUGGCUUCCUGGUGCUGAUGUCUGAGGGGCUGUACAAGGCCCUGGAGGCAGCCCAUGGGCCUGGGCAGGCCAACCAGGAGAUCGCUGCCAUGAUUGACACUGAGUUUGCCAAGCAGACUUCCCUGGAUGCAGUGGCCCAGGCUGUGGUGGACCGGGUAAAGCGUAUCCACGGUGACACCUUCGCCAGUGGCGGGGAGCGUGCCAAGUUCUGCCCGCGGCACGAGGACAUGACCCUCCUGGUCAGGAACUUCGGCUACCCGCUGGGUGAAAUGAGCCAGCCCACAGCAUCCCAGGCCUCAGCCGCAGGAGGACGUGUGUACCCCGUGUCCGUGCCUUACUCGAGCAGCCAGAGCACCAGCAAGACCAGCGUGACCCUCUCCCUCGUCAUGCCCUCGCAGGGCCAGCUGGUCAAUGGAGCCCACAGCGCUUCCACCCUGGACGAAGCCACCCCCACCCUCACCAACCAGAGCCCGACCCUGACCUUGCAGUCCACCAACACGCACACCCAGAGCAGCAGCUCCAGCUCCGACGGGGGGCUGUUCCGCUCCCGGCCCGCCCAUUCGCUGCCGCCGGGAGAGGACGGCCGUGUGGAGCCCUACGUGGACUUUGCUGAGUUUUACCGCCUCUGGAGCGUGGACCAUGGGGAGCAGAGCGUGAUGACAGCACCGUAGCCCGGGCCAGGGAGUGCAGCCUGCACAGGAUCCUGCAUGGGGACGAGGGGCUCACCUCUGGGGCAGGACGGCUUUUGUCCUGCCCGUUACCUGUGCCGUGGGGGCCAGUGGGUGCCAGUCGGCCCUCUGUUGGCACCAAACUCUCAGCCCCCAGCUCUUGGUGCUGUACGAAUAUCCUCUCAGAGAGCGCCAGUGCAGACUGGACCCCUUGGGUAUACCUUGUCGCUGCACAGGGGCUGGAGGCCACCCCUCAGGCAGCCAGGACCGUCUCCGUUUCUCAGAACAUAGGCGCAGGUGUGGAAGCUGAGCUGGCCCUGAAGCCCACGUGUGGGGCAGAAAGGGAGGAGGUUCUCCUGUGACCCUCAUGCCACAGGCCAAGCAGCCACUGCUUUCUCCACGCCACGCCCCUCUAGCCAACCUCCCCUGGAAGAGCCUGUGGCCACUGUUAGUGCCCCCUCCCCACCAGGCAGUGAUUCCCCUUCUCCAGCCUCCAGAGUGGACUCCGGGCUGGUGUGUGACCCUUCGAAGCCUGUAGCCGCCCCUGGGCCCGUUCCUGGGUCCGCCCACUUGUCAGCGGUAAAUGGUCAGGAAGACCAGGGAGGUGUUGGCCUGGGAGGGCUGCAGAGGGCCAGGCUGGCCUGGGCCCUGAGCUAGAACGUCUUACACGUGUUCUCUGCCUUCCAUGGGCCGGGCUGCCGUCGGUCGGUAGGCUUGUGUUCCUAUUUUCAGAGGAGAAGCAGGCCCAGGAGACACAGCUUGCCCAAGUCCCACGGUCGGUCCGUGGUGGAGCAGAACAGACCUCCUGUUAGGCCCCAAGGCCUCCCGGAUUCUGCGGGCCCCUCCCCAGUUCCCCGCCUCCUGCCCCACGAGGCAGCCUCCGCUGUGCUUGGACUCCGUCCGAAAAGUCAAGGCGGGUUCCAAGGCCCUGCUCGCUCUGUGGCCCCAGAACACAGUUCCCUACGGAAGUGCACGUGCGGCACAAGCAGCAGAAAUGCGAGUCUCAGCAGAGCCCUCACUCCCCCUGCACUACGAAGCCAUGUCUGUUCUUCAGGUGAUGGAUUUAAAAUUAGUCACAAAGGCUAGGGAACAAAGGGAAUUCUCUUCUAAGAAUGUCUCAGUGAUGCUGUUUCAUCUCUAGAAAUAGAAUCACUUUUUUACCGCAAUAAAUAAACAAUAAGUGGUGGUAUUAAA